CUGCUCUCAUGCGUCUCCCUCUGCGCCGCCGCCUCCUCCUCGUCGUCCAACGCCACCAGCUACACGCUGACCAUGAACUCGGUGGACGAGGACUUCUGCGACUCGACCAAGCAGCUGAGCGGCUACUUCAAGAUCGCGGGCUCCAAGUCCAAGAACUACUUCUACUGGUUCUUCGAGUCGCGCGGCUCGCCGUCCACGGACCCCGUCAUCAUCUGGCUCACGGGCGGCCCCGGCUGCAGCUCCAUCCUGGCGCUGCUGCAGGAGAACGGCCCGUGCUCGGUCAACGACGACCUGUCGCUCAAGCGCAACCCGUACUCGUGGACGGAGCGGGCCAACGUCAUGUGGAUCGACCAGCCCGUGGGCGUCGGCUUCAGCUACGGCGACGUGAGCGAGUACGACACGACGGAGAAGGAGGUGGGCGACGACAUGUUCCACUUCCUGCAGGACUUCUUCCAGGCCAAGCCCGAGUACCAGAAGCAGCCCUUCUACGUCUUCGGAGAGAGCUACGCCGGCCACUACGUGCCGGCCAUCUCGCACCGGAUCUUCACCGGCAACCAGGAGCAGGAGGGCCCCGUGCACAUCAACCUGCAGGGCUUCGGCAUCGGCAACGGCCUGACCGACCCCGAAGUGCAGUACAAGUACUACCCGGACAUGGCCUACAACAACACGUACGGCGUCAAGGCCGUGUCGCACCCGGUGUACCUGGCCAUGAAGGCCGCCGUGCCGCCCUGCAUCGGCAUGAUCUCGGCCUGCCAGACCACCAAGGCGGCGUGUCUUGCCGCGCAAACUUUCUGCAACGCCGCUCUGGUGGCGCCCUACUCGGUGUCGGGGCUGAACGUCUACGACGUCCGCUCCAAGUGCGAGCACCCGCCCAUGUGCUACGAUUUCUCCCACGUGGAGAAGUUCCUGAGACUGGAGAGCACGCUGAAGAAGCUGCACGUGAGCUCCAAGAGCGCCAAAUGGCAGAGCUGCAACAUGGAGGUGCACGCGGGCUUCUCCUUCGACUGGAUGAAGAACUUCCAGCAGCUGGUGCCGCCGAUGCUCGAGGCCGGCAUCAGAGGCCUGGUGUAUGCUGGAGACGCCGACUUCAUCGUGAACUGGAUGGGCUGCAAGGCCUGGACGCUUGAGCUGCCGUGGAGCAAGCACGACGAGUUCCUGGCGGCGGAGGACAAGGAGUGGACGGUGGACGGCAAGAAGGCUGGUCGGAUCCGCCAAGUCGGACCCUUCGCCUUCCAGCAGGUGUACGAGGCCGGCCACAUGGUGCCGCUGGACCAGCCCAAGAACGCGCUGGCGCUGCUCAAGGCCUUCACGUUGCCCGAGGAGCAUCAGCAGGAGGUGGCGGACGAGGCGGAGCAGCAGUGGCUCGACACUGAGGCCAUGAUCAAGGACGAGAGCGUCAUGAGCGUCAUGUAAAACUGGCUGGGAAGACUGCACAAACCAAAAUGUACGCGCGCGUGUGUGUAUUAGCGAGCCUCCUUAACUGUUCGGAAGCCACUGCAGCUAGCCACAACUAACCUGAAUGCAAUAUCAAAGCGGUUUACGC